CCUGCCGGCUCGAACCGUGGCUUGCCCAGGUAUGCCUGCCUCACUGCAGCACCUUGUGCUGGUGCUCCUGCUCUCCAGUGCCACCCUGCUGCUCGGCACUGCGGCUGCUACACAGAGUGAGGAGCGGCUGUGUGCAUUUAAAGACCCGUAUCAGCAGGACCAUGGAAUCAGUGAGAGCCGAAUCUCCCAGGAGAAUGGCACAAUUUUGUGCAUGAAAGGUAGUACCUGCUAUGGACUUUGGGAAAAAACACGAGAAGGAGACAUACAUCUUGUAAAACAAGGUUGCUGGUCUCAUAUAGGAGACCCACAGGAGUGUCACUUUGAAGAGUGUAUAGUUACGACCACCCCUUCCUUGAUUCAGAAUGGAACAUACCGCUUCUGCUGCUGUAGUACAGACUUGUGUAAUGUCAACUUCACAGAAAACUUCCCUCCUCCUGACCCUACUGAUACAACACCUUACAAUUCUUCUCAUUCUUUUCAUCGAGAUGAGACCAUCGUUAUUGCCCUGGCAUCUGUGUCUGUACUGGCUGUUCUGAUAGCUGCUCUGUUCUUUGGAUACAGGAUGCUUGCAGGAGACCGUAAACAAGGUUUGCACAGUAUGAACAUGAUGGAGGCAGCAGCAUCAGAGCCCUCAUUGGAUCUGGAUAAUCUAAAGCUGUUAGAGUUGAUUGGCCGGGGACGAUAUGGAGCAGUGUAUAAAGGUUCCCUAGAUGAACGCCCAGUUGCUGUGAAAGUAUUUUCUUUUGCUAAUCGUCAGAACUUUGUCAAUGAGAGGAACAUUUACAGGAUUCCACUGAUGGAACACGAUAACAUCGCCCGCUUCAUUGUGGGGGAUGAGAGAUUCACUGCAGACGGCCGGAUGGAAUAUUUAUUGGUGAUGGAAUAUUACCCCAAUGGUUCUUUGUGUAAAUAUUUGAGUCUCCACACAAGUGACUGGGUGAGCUCUUGUCGUUUGGCUCACUCUAUAACUCGGGGCUUGGCGUACCUGCACACGGAGCUGCCUCGAGGAGAUCAUUACAAACCUGCAAUAUCCCAUCGUGACUUGAACAGCCGCAAUGUACUGGUAAAGAAUGAUGGAACAUGUGUAAUCAGUGACUUUGGACUCUCCAUGAAAUUAACUGGGAACAGACUGGUACGACCAGGUGAGGAAGACAAUGCAGCCAUUAGUGAGGUCGGUACGAUCCGCUAUAUGGCCCCAGAAGUGCUUGAAGGAGCAGUGAACUUGAGGGACUGUGAAUCUGCUUUGAAACAAGUAGAUAUGUAUGCACUAGGCCUUAUCUACUGGGAGAUCUUCAUGAGAUGUACAGACCUCUUCCCAGGGGAAUCUGUGCCAGAGUACCAGAUGGCUUUCCAGACUGAAGUCGGAAACCAUCCCACUUUUGAAGACAUGCAAGUCUUGGUGUCUAGAGAGAAGCAAAGACCAAAAUUCCCAGAAGCAUGGAAGGAGAACAGCCUGGCUGUGAGGUCACUUAAAGAAACAAUUGAAGACUGUUGGGAUCAAGAUGCAGAAGCUCGACUGACAGCACAGUGUGCUGAGGAGAGAAUGGCAGAACUCAUGAUGAUUUGGGAGAGAAAUAAAUCAGUUAGUCCAACAGUCAACCCUAUGUCAACUGCCAUGCAAAAUGAGAGGAAUCUGUCGCAUCAUAGACGUGUGUCAAAGAUAAGGCCAUAUCCCGAUUAUUCUUCCUCUUCCUACAUUGAAGAUUCAAUCCACCACACUGACAGCAUAGUGAAGAACAUUUCUUCUGAACAUUCAAUGUCCACUACACCACUGACUUCAGGGGAAAAGAAUAGAAAUUCCAUUAACUACGAGCGGCAACAAGCACAAGCUCGCAUCCCCAGUCCUGAGACGAGCGUCACCAGUUUGUCCACCACCAAUACAACUGGCCUCACUCCUAGCACUGGCAUGACCACCAUAUCUGAAAUGCCUUAUUCAGAUGAAACAAACUUACACACCACAAAUGUCAUGCAGCCAGGUGGGCCUACCCCUGUUUGUCUGCAGCUAACAGAGGAGGACUUGGAGACAAAUAAAUUGGAUCCAAAAGAAGUGGAUAAGAACCUGAAAGAAAGCUCUGAUGAGAAUCUGAUGGAACAUUCACUUAAGCAGUUUAGUGGGCCAGAUCCACUCAGCAGCACUAGUUCCAGCCUUCUUUAUCCACUGAUAAAACUUGCAGUAGAGGUGACAGGACAGCAGGACUUCACACAAGCUACCAAUGGUCAGGCGUGUUUGAUUCCAGAUGUCCCAUCUGCUCAGGUCUAUCCUCUGCCCAAGCAACAGAACCUUCCGAAGAGGCCUACCAGCCUCCCUCUAAACACCAAAAAUUCAACAAAAGAGCCACGGUUAAAGUUUGGUGGUAAGCACAAAUCAAAUUUGAAGCAAGUGGAAACGGGCGUUGCCAAGAUGAACACUAUCAAUGCUGCAGAACCUCAUGUCGUGACAGUCACCAUGAACGGAGUGGCUGGAAGGAGCCACGGCAUGAACUCCCAUGCUGGCACAACCCAGUAUGUCAAUGGCACGCUGCCCUCCGGCCAGACCGGCGGGUCGGUAGCGCAGAGGGCCCAGGAAAUGCUUCAGAACCAGUUCAGUGGGGAGGACAGUCGGCUGAAUAUCAAUUCCAGUCCCGAUGAGCAUGAGCCCUUGCUGAGGCGGGAGCAGCAGGUUGGCCACGAUGAAGGUGUUCUGGACCGCCUGGUGGACAGGAGGGAGCGACCACUGGAUAACGGGCGAACAAACGCCAACAACAACAACAGCAAUCCGUGCGCAGACACAGCUGCAGCCAGUGUCCAGAAUGUAGUGAGAAAUCCUGGGCAGACCCAGACUAGAAGAGCACAGAGGCCUAAUUCUCUGGAUCUGUCAGCCACAAGUAGUUUGGAUAGCAGUAGUAUGCAGUUGGGUGACUCUUCACAGGAUGGCAAAUCAGGCUCAGGAGAGAAGAUCAAGAAACGUGUGAAAACUCCAUACUCUCUCAAGCGGUGGCGUCCGUCAACGUGGGUCAUCUCCACGGAGCCGCUGCACUGCGAGGUCAACAACAACGGCAGUGAGCAGGCAGUGCCCCCCAAAUCCAGCACUGCUGUGUACCUUGCAGAGGGGGGCACUGCCACCACUAUGGUCUCUAAGGACGCAGGGGUGAACUGCCUGUGAAACACUUCAAAAGCCAACAAAUGACCUUUUUUUUGCAUUAUUUGAAACAAACGUGCAGAAGACAUUUUAAAAAACUGCUUUCUCCUCCUGUCAGCAACCCCUACCAAGGACUCGCUUUAAAUAGAUUUCAGCUAUGCAGAAAAUUUUUAGCUUAUGCUUCCAUAUUUUUUUAUUUUGUUUUAUUUUUUGAACGUUUUUGCACUUUUAUUUAGUAUCGCUAAAGUUAAGUCUGUCUGUUUUGACCACGGAAUAUAUAUAUGUGUAUCAAAGAUGUGGUCUCAAAAUAUUUUUUUAAAAAAAAAGUAACAAAAAAAAGUAUUGCUGAUAAUCAGUUUGGACCAGUUUCUUAAGGUCACUAAGAUCAUAAGCAGACUAUAAGACAGGUUUGACUGCAGUGGUGUCUUGUAACCAUGUUUUGAUUUCUGUGCACAAGCUAGUCUGUAUAUUUCUAUGUUACAAAGUGUAUUCUCUUUUGAGCCCCUUAUUUUCCUUGUGUCAUGUUGAAAUGUGCAAUAGUCUAUAGUUCACAGUAGGCUUUAUUGAAAAGUGUGUUUCUAAAACUGCCACAUGUUCCCAUUUUUGUAUUUGUUAAUUUUUCCUUGACAGUUGAGCAGUCAGCCGGUCAUGACAGUGAACUUUGCACAUCGUAGCCAGCUUGAAGCAGCUGCCAAUAUCACAUUGUGCUCAG